ACCUACCCUGUAACCUGUAUAUCAAUGGCCCAGACAACUGGGAAGUUAUAUGCCUUUGGGGGCCGAGCUGCUCGGGAGGUAUAUGUCGCUAUUUCUCCGUCCCCCCGGAAACAGGAAUUACAUAGGACCAUUCUAUUGGUGAUGAAGAAGGAGAGUUGUGGGGGAGACAUGAUGGAGCGCUACAGGCACUUACACAGGAUCAUUCUCAUGGUUGUUCUUCAAGGGGGGUUCCCAGGUUCGUACAGUCAGGAUUGGGCCCUUACCCUCCCUGAAUCCAUCAGAGCAUUGAGAGGAUCCUGUGUGGUGAUUCCCUGCACAUUCACCCUCCCCAGGGGCUAUGGAGACUUCAAUAUGGUUUGGUACAUAGAAAACCAUCUUCAGCCUGACAAUAAAAUAUUCAGCCAACAGAAUCCCUCUGAUGUGAGUGAGGGUUACAGAGGCCGCACUUCCCUGGUCGGCAAUGAGCCAAACAGCUGCUCCCUGAGGAUUAAUGAUGUGCAAGAAAAUGGCACUUAUUAUCCCUAUAUAUAUGGGAACUGUCUUAUCAUCAGUGAGUGUGAGAAAGUGCAGGUUACAGUCUCAGAUGUUCCCAGUAGGCCAGGAAUACAGAUACCCACAGAUCUAACUGAGGGGGUAUGUGCCCCCAUCCCCUGCUCUGUAGAACACACGUGCCCCCCCAGGCCCCCUACUCUACAGUGGAACACAGCUGGGUAUAAACUCACUGACAGGCAGCAGAGCCUUAAGGAUGGAGUAUGGAAAGCUGAGUCUGUAAUGGAAUAUCUCCCCUCCUACCGGGAUCAUGGGGCUGAACUUGAAUGUGAAGCUACGUAUCCAAAUGGGCUCAGAUCCAAAAGCUUGGUCACUUUGAACAUAAACUAUUCUCCGAAAAAAACAGUAAUUAUUAUAUCUGAUGGGAAGAAGGAAAGGAAAGAAGGUGAUGCCGUGAAUUUAACCUGUGCCAGUGAUGCCAACCCUGCUGCCAAUGCCUUUACCUGGUACAACAAUAAGAGAGAUGGAACUGUAGAGCUGAGGGAGGAGCAGGGGCGGAGCAUAACUGUGACUGUGGGGCGGGGCAGAGAGACAUUCUCCUGCACUGCAAGGAACCCACUGGGAACUGGGAAUUCCACUCUCUCUGAGCUGCAGGUUUUAUAUAAAGCCAAAAAUGUCACAAUAGAAGGAAAAGAUGAAGUGAAGGAAGGAGCAGCCCUGGAGCUUGAAUGCCAUUUCUCAGACUAUAACCCACCAACAACUCAGUACAGCUACAGCUGGUAUCUAAAUGGGAAUCCUGUGAAUGGGGAGACUGGCAGAAUAUUACAGAUAAAUAACAUUACAGAGUCCCAUUCUGGCAACUACAGCUGCAAUGUGCAGAACCGAGCGGGACCUUCCUAUUCCCCAGGCUUUGCUGUCACAGUCAUGUCUGCACCGACAGGAGAGGGACUGCCCAUGAGCAUUAUACUCGGGGGCGGAGCUGGUGCUGUAUUGGUCAUACUAUUGGCUCUAGGCCUUUAUUUAUUCCUUAGAGCCAAAAAGUCACAGAAAGGGGGAGAGUCAGGAGGCUGGGGAGCGGAGACUGAUAUUCAGAAUUCCCAGCCCACUGAGAGUCCCUACACUGCCCUACAGACAAGAGACACGGCCGUGUAUUAUGGAAUCAAGAAUUCCCAGCCCACUGAGAGUCCCUACACUGCCCAAGAGACAAGAGACCCGGCCGUGUAUUAUAUAAUCACGAAAUCCCAGCCCACUGAGAGUCCCUACACUGCCCUACAGACAAGAGACACGGCCGUGUAUUAUAUGAUCGAGAAUCCCCAGGCCACUGAGAGUCUCUACACUGCCCUACAGACAAGAGACACAGCCGUGUAUGAAGAAAUCAAGCCACAAAUCCAUCAGCAGAACAGAUCCAAAUGAGCGCAACAAGGGGAGGCCGACCAUUGAGCUGAGCGCAUGGAAAACACAAAGCUCUGAGCUACCAACCCAUUAGCUUCCUGCUGAUUAUUAGGCUAAAAAUACAUUUGGUAAUAUUUCUGCAUAAUAAAACCUUCACCCUCCAUCAAUAGCUUUAUUCAUGUAAUGAGCAGAGGAACAGCACAUCUGCUGCCUGCUAUGGCCUUUGGGAGUUUAGAGCUCAGACUAGUUGCUCACACUCACUGGCAUAACUAGUGUGUACUGGGCCCCCCCACAAACAAUCUUGCCAGAGUUCCAUACCCGGCCCCCACAUCAGCAUCUUCUGCCUGCCUGAGUCUUCCCUCCCCAGCCACCCUACUACUGUCCAGCAGAGAGGAAAAACUUACAUUUAUAGAGAGAGGAAGCAGCCCCACCGCCCCAGCCCCCCUUUUCCCUGGGCCCCCCUUAAUCGCAGAGUAUGUUUUAUAGUUACGCCACCUGAGCACCCUGCCCUUCUUUAUUCAGGUUUUAUCUCACUUCUCUAAUCCAUUAUACUAUUAGUUGUUGGAAUUUACAUAACUGGCACAGGUAGGGGAUCCCUUAUCUAGAAACCUUAUAUGCAAAAAUAAUUCUAUUUUUAAAAAUGAUUCCCUUU